AUGUGGAAAUUUAUUUUCAUUUCCCUUACGACUCUUGCAGUUAUCAAUGUUUCAGCUGUUAGGUCAUCAUUAAUGAACAUCGGAUGCUAUGCUGACUUUAAUCUUGGUUCUCCAGUAAUGAACGAUGCUGUCACUAAUAUUAGUUCCAAUACUCCUGAAAAAUGCGCAUCGUAUUGUACUUCUUUGAGUAUUGCUUAUUCGGGAACUGAAAAUGGUAAUGAAUGCUAUUGUUCGGAAGUACCACCUACAGUUAAAUCAGAUUUUUGUACAACACCUUGUGCAGGCGAUUCAAAGCAAAUUUGUGGAGGUGUCAAUGCUCUAUCCGUUGCUUUUACUACUAUUCCAUCUCUACCAGCAACAAACAGUACGAAGCGUGGUCUCUGUUGGUCAUGGAAUAAUAAUGUAUCGACAUUUGCAUUUUUCUCGCCAAGCAGCAUACCAUGGUUGUACAAUUGGGAACUAUGGGACCCACGUCCUGUAGGAAUCUAUUCAACAGCUGAAUAUAUACCCAUGUGCAGAACAGCAGCAAAUGCACCUAAAAUUCUCUACCACCUAUCAAAAUGCAAUGCUAAACGUCUUUUAGGAUUCAAUGAGCCAGAUUUACCGGAAGCUAAAGGAGGUUAUUACAUUUCUCCUUAUGAUGCCUCCGUUCUUUGGAAAAAUUAUAUUGAACCUAUGAAAACUCGAUGUAAUAUGACAUUAGGAGCGCCAGCUAUCACUAGUUCAACCACUCCGGGCAUGGGUAUCGAUUGGCUUCAACAAUUUUUUGGCAACUGUACAGCUUCAGAAUGUUCUUUUGAUUUCCUUCCUAUUCACUGGUAUGGUAAAUCACUGAAAAACUUCCAAAAACAUGUCACCAAAGUCAACGAACUUUUCCCUAACUAUCCUUUAUGGAUUACUGAAUGGCAAUUCACUGGUUUUUCUGUUGUAGCAACAACAAAUCUAAUCAAACAAGCUAUACAAUGGCUCGAUGCACAAAAUUAUGUAGAGAGAUAUGCGAUGUUCGCACCAAAGGAAGCUGCACGUAUGAACAGUAUGCCAAAUGCUGCAAUGAUUACAGACGAUCUUAGUGGACUUACAAAUGCUGGAAAAAUAUAUGCUGGGCUCUUGUAG